AUGCCGUGGAAAUCAAGAUGGAGUAUAGACAUUCCAGCCUGCUCGCUCCCGACCUAUCUCUUCAAGUCACCAACCGCAAAGCUCGAAGAUAAACCUCUCGUGAUCGAAGGAGCCAAGCCAGAGAACUAUCUGACCCAUAACACUUAUCGAGAAUGGUGCAUGAGAUUCGCCGCCGGCCUCCAAAAAGCAGGCCUGCAACCCGGUGAUCGAGUAAUGCUCUUCUCCGGCAACACCAUCUUCUUCACCAGCGUCCUCUUCGGCACCAUAAUGGCAGGCGGAAUCUUCACCGGCGCCAAUCCCACCUACGUCGCCCGCGAAGCAGCCCACCAACUCCGCGACUCCGGAGCCAAAUUCUUCCUCGUCGGCUCCGCAAACCUCGAAACCGGCAUCCAAGCCGCCAAAGAAUGCAACUUCCCCCUCCAAAAUCUCUACGUCUUCGACGACGGAGUCGAAUCCUUCUCCAAUCAAAACAUCCCAGAUACCACCACCCCUCAAGGCAUCAUCAUCAAAUCCUGGACCAAACUCCUCGUCCCCAAAUCCUCAGCCGCAAAUUUCCGCUGGGAAGAAUUCACCUCUCGCUCCCAACAACAAGAUCGUACAGCCGUACUGAACUACUCCAGCGGCACCACAGGUCUCCCCAAAGGCGUCGAAAUCACACAUUACAAUUACAUCGCCAACUCGGAGCAAACAAACUACGUCUCCGCUCUCGCAGAGGACUACGCCGAAUGGCGUUCUCGCGCGGCGGCGAUCGCUUUCUUACCAAUGUAUCAUGCUUAUGGUCAGACGUACUAUGGCAUGAAUUUCCCUUUGCAGGGCGUUCCGAUGUAUUUGAUGCGGAAGUAUGAUUUUAUUGAUAUGUUGGAGUAUAUUCAAAAGUAUAAGAUUACGCAGUUGACGCUUGUGCCGCCGAUUGUGGUGCAGUUGACCAAGCGAGAUGAGGUGUUCAAGUAUGAUCUUUCGAGUCUUGAAGGAGUGGGAUGUGGAGCGGCACCAUUGGGGAAGGAAGUAAUUGCGGAGUUCGAAAGGCGAUUUGGAGUUGGGGUUACGAUUCGACAGGGUUGGGGCAUGACAGAAGUAACCUGCAGCGCCGUAACCUGGGACCCCAACCUCAAAGAAAAAUCCAAACUCGACCUCGCCGCCGUAGGAGAACUAAACCCCAACAUCGAAGGCGCCAUCGUCGACGAAAACGGCAAAGACGUUCCCCAAGGCGAACGCGGAGAACUCUGGGUCCGAGGCCCCAAUAUCAUGAAAGGCUACUGGAAUCGCCCCGAAGAAACCCUCAAAACUUUCACCUCUGGCCCACCCGGCCAACGCUGGCUCAUGACAGGCGAUAUCGCUUUCAAGGAUAAAUUCGGUCUCGUACACGUCGUAGAUCGCAAGAAAGAAUUGAUUAAAGUUAAAGGGUUACAAGUUGCUCCGGCGGAAUUGGAGGCGUUGUUGUUGGAUCAUCCGGCUGUGGAGGACGCGGCUGUGGUUGGUGUGACGAUUGGAGGGGAAGAGUAUCCGAGGGCGUAUGUGGUGUUGAGUAAGAAGGAUGUGACGACGAAGGAUGUGGCGGAGUGGUUGGCCGGAAGGGUUAGUAGGCAUAAGAGGUUGACGGGUGGUGUUGUGGCUGUGGAUGCGAUUCCAAAAAAUCCGUCUGGGAAGCUUUUGAGGAAGGAGUUGAGGGAUAGGGCGAAGCAGGAGGUCGGUGAUAAGGAGGGGCAGAGUAGUAAGCUGUAA